GCCCCGACCCCGCCCCUCCUUCGCCCGGCGGCCGGCAGGCAGGGAAGUGUCGUAAAGGCGGGCCCAGGAAACUUUACCCGGGGUAACAGCACGGCGCUUUACGGCGGCGACGGCGGCGGCGGUGUGGGGAUGGCGGAGGUACCGCCUGGGCCUAGCAGCCUCCUCCCUCCACCAGCACCUCCGGCCCCGGCGACGGCCGAGCCCCGCUGUCCGUUCCCGGUAGGGGCCGCCCCCGCCUGCUGCGGCGAGGACGAGGAGGACGACGAGGAGCACGAAGGCGGCGCGGGCCCGGCGGCGGCCCGGAGCCGUCCCUGCCCGCUCUGCCCGCCAUCGCCGCCCCAGGACCCGCUGCAGCUCAACGGGUUGAUCGGCCCCGAACUGCGACACCUCCGGGCGGCCGCCUCGCUCAAGAGCAAGGUCCUGGUCGCAGCCGAGGCGGCCGCCCCCGCCGGGGCCUCCCCAGCGACUGCCACGACGGGGGCCGGGGCGCGCCCGGACGACAGAGCCGCUCGCCCGCCGCCGCCCCUCCACGCGAGGACUGCGUCCCCCGGCCCGGCGGAGGCGGCAGCGAGCGAGCCCGCGGCGGCCCGCAACGGACUGGCCGAGAGCGCCGAGCCCGAGGAGGACGACGAGCAGGUGCGGCUGCUGUCUGCAUCCCUGAACGUCGGUUGCAGUCUGAGGAGCCCCCCGGGCAGGGAGGUCGAGCCUGGGGAGGACCGGACGAUACGAUACGUCCGAUAUGAAUCCGAGCUCCAAAUGCCCGAUAUCAUGAGACUGAUCACCAAAGAUCUGUCCGAACCCUACUCCAUUUAUACGUAUAGAUAUUUUAUCCACAACUGGCCGCAGCUGUGCUUCUUGGCCAUGGUAGGGGAGGAGUGUGUAGGUGCCAUCGUUUGCAAGUUGGAUAUGCACAAAAAGAUGUUCCGCAGAGGUUAUAUAGCCAUGUUAGCUGUGGAUUCCAAAUACAGGAGAAAUGGCAUUGGUACUAACUUGGUCAAGAAAGCUAUAUAUGCCAUGGUUGAAGGAGACUGUGAUGAGUUGUAGAUGUCCUUAAAUCUUUAUGAAAAUUUGAAAAUUAUGAGGCUUUUAAAAAAAGAUAUAAGGUAUGUUUACCAUUGGAUUAAGACCUUACUAUGAUCAUAAUAAAAUGGAAUCAAAAUUUCUUAGAAUUUAAAGGUAUAGCACAUGCUUUGAAAGAUUUUCAGUUGAAACUGUCAUUUUUUAUUUAGUUAGUUAGUGUAGUGCUGGGGCUGAACCUGGGGCUAUCUGCAUGCCAGGGAAGCAUUCUAUUACUGUUAUAAUGAACACAUUUCUCCUUUUGAGAAGCCAUAAUAAACAUAAUAAAAGUUGGAAAAUAGAAAUAGUCUGCCACCUUUUUAGCAUAUGCAUUUUGAUGUUUUGCCCUUUAUUUUGUUUUUGAUGCAUAUGUGUUAAUAUUUGUCUUUGUUGUUUUCACUGUUGUGGUUUUGUUUUUGUUUGAGGCAAGAUCUCACUAUAUGCUGGCCUUGAGCUUGGUAUAUAGUGCUGACUGACCUUUGACGCUUGCCUCUGUCUUCUGGGUCUUGGGAUCAGGCAUUUGCCUAUAUGUCAGCUCUUCUGUUAAGUGUUUUAGGCCCUUGUACUAUGCUCCGUGACCUGUCACAUUGUUUGCAAUUUGCUUUUCUAACAGCCUAAGUUUCUUAAUUUAAUGUUGCUUAUUUCUAGCAAUAUAUGAGUAAUGCACAAGAUAUUUUGGUGUAUUCUAGUCUUAAAAGUAAUAAUUACCAUACUUUGUAUCAUUAAAAGAAUAAAAUAAAACAUUAUUAGCUAGAUUAUUGGAAACUAAAGAGAUCUAAGUUAUUUUUGGUUAAAAUAUAUAUACAUAUAAGGGUAGAGUCAGUCAUUCUUUUUCUUUCAAAAGAUAAAAGAUGACUUUUUGGCUUUUAAUUGUGUGUGCUUAUUACAUUUAUUUACGUGUUUAAUUAUACUUUUUUUUUUCUUUUUUUUUUGUCUUUUUCCUUUUCCCUUUUUAUCGGUACCAGGGAUCGAACUCACGACUGCCUGCUUGCAAGGCAGGCGCUUAUGCCGCUGAGCUAAAUCCCCAGCCCCUAAUAAUUAUAAUUUUAACAUUUUUUAUUUCACUGGAAACAUAUUUCGACUGUGGCAUAGAGGCUUCCAAGUAUAGACAAAUCAUUUAUUUUUUCCAGACUGUCACUUAGUCUGUGAAGUUUGUUGUUAUUUUGUGUAAAGAAUAAUAAAGCCCUUAGCUGUUCAUUCAGUAGAUAUCAGUGGAAAGAAGGUCUACUAGGUGCCAGACAGUAUGAGUGGUUAGGUUCUGUGGGCAUGCCUGUUCCUCAAGGGCUUCCAAGCUUACAUUAUUAAAAAAUGUUGUCUAAAUUGUAAUGGUUUGGUUUAUCCUGAAUAGUGAUUUGUUGCUAAGAGAAUCAGUGAAAUAUUACUCUUAACUCUGACUCUGUUAAAUAGUGUUCACUUUUUUCAGUUUUCUUUAGAACCAGAAAACCCUCAAUUAUCUUUUGGCUUCCUCUGUAAUACUUCCAUAAUGGAGGAGUAAAAGCAGUUUUUAAUAAAUUUCAAGUAUAAACCCAGAUUUUCUUACAAUAAAAGGAUUUAACUGGUUAAGCAUUAAAAAGUAGGUGCUUUUUCCCCCUGACAUUUUCUUUUGUAUUAAAUAAUACAUGUUCUCUUUAUUUAGAAAAUGUAAGUGUGCCCAGGAAAUCUUUACAUUUAGAGUGACCCUUUGUAUAAUUUUUUUGUUUUGGGACUUCAUUAAUUUGUUAGGAUGCUUACAGACUAGAGUUUAACUGUUAACUACACUUCAGUACUGUUUGUGUAGCUAUAGAUAGCCUUAAAUGUAUUGUAUGUGUUUUAGAUUGUUAAAUAUUAAUAGUGGGGGACUCCGAUCCUUUCAUCCUUUCCUAAGUAGAUUAGCUCUCCCAUUUGCUGGUUUUUAUUUUGCUCUGUAAAGUAUUUGGGAAAGUGCAGAAGAGUGGUUACUACUAAGCUCAAGUUCAUAUUUGGUCUGGUCACCUUAUAUUUCAUUUCAUCUGUGAAAGAUAAUCAUUAUUUUUAUAGAAUUGUUGGAAAAGUAGCGACAUAAUACAUAGCACUUCUUUUUAAAAAUUGUCAAUCUUUUUAUUUCUAUGAAAUCAGUCACAAGUUUUGUAUUGUUGCAGUUAAUUGUGUGUCAAUAAAGUGCUUUGGUUAACAUUUUAGGUACUGAUCUAAUAACAGAAUUCCAAAAAUUACCCAAGAGAAUUGUUUAAAACUAAAAACUUACAUUACACUCAAAUGUUCCAGACUGUAGCAUGGCAUGAAUUAGUAAAAAUUCAAUUUUUCUAAGAUCAUAGAGAAAUUAAAUUUUAAUUCUUAUCUUAAACCAACUUGUUGGCUGUGUAGCUUUUGUUUUGUUUUGCUUUUUAAGACGGUCUCACUGUGUAGUCCAGGCUGUCUUUGACCUCACUGUGUAACCCAGGCUGGCCUCAAACUUGCAGAAAUCUCCUGGGUUGGUGUCCCAAGUGCUAGGAUUGCAGGCAUGUACCACUAUGCCCAACAAUAGCUUUUAUUUAAAGUUUUCCUAAGAGUAUUUUUACUGGAUCCUGAACUUUUGUUGGUGGUUUGGUUUGGUUUGGUUUGGUGUUUAGGCAGUGCUAGAGGUUGAAUCCAGAACUUUGUGAAUGAGCUAUAUUCCCAACCCCUUUUUUAAUAUUUUAUUUUGACAGAGAGUCUCACUGUGUUGCUAUGUUACCCAGGCUGGGAUCCAAUUUGUGAUUCUCCUGCCUCGGCCUCCCAGCUACUGAGCUUACAAAUGUGCAUCACCAUGCCCAGUUGAUCCUAAACUAUUACUUGGUUUUAGAUCUUUUACAGUGUUCAGUGUAGCACGAAAUUUGCUUUUAGGAGUUAAUUGCACAGAUAAUUGCUGUUGAAAAGUGUGGAAACACUUCUGUUUAAUGUUUAUGUAUUGUAUGUCAUCCAAUGAAAGGUGCUGAGAACACAUUGAGUUAGCAAGUAUUUAAGAGUUUUUGCGUGCCAGGCAAUAUGGUAGGUAUAGAGAACAUAGCUGUGAAGGAAGUAUGCAUUGUACCCUGUUGUGUUGGUCUCACCAUCUAGGAUGGCUGACCUUCAUUAAUCAUUAGAAUAUUUCAGAGGAACAGUACAGAGUGUUGUGGGCUAGUAAAAAAGAAAAGGAAUAUUCCACGUGAUCUGAAGUAAAUAAGCUAACUAACACCAUAAGUGAGAAAUAUAGGAAGAACAUCUUUCUAGACAGAAACAAUUUUUAUGAUAAAACUAAGGGAGGAAAGAUCAUGGUAAAUUGCAGACACAGAAAGGUUGGUGUUGAGCAUGGAAACAAAGAGGAGAGAGAUGUAGAGCAAAA